AGACAUUUUUCCGUUUUACGUACAAAUAAAUCCCAAGGGUAAAACCGUCAAACUUACUCAGAUAACCGGGGGUUUAUGAAGGGGUUUAGCUCCGCCACCACCGCGGCGCACCUCCACAAAACCCCACUCUUCUCUUCGAACUUCUCCAAUAAUAAUGGCGCCUCUCCUCCUCCCAUUUUAGUCCACCGUCGCUUCUUGAAAUUCCAUUUUUGCCCCUCUGGGCCCUCCGCCUCCGCCUCCGCCUCCGCCUCCGCCACAAUGUUGAAACUCCUCCGCUUGCCGCGCGUCCAUUGCCUCACUGCCGCGACGCCGACUCCCCGAGUGAGGCCCGUAUCUAACUCGGUGAUUCAGGCGCUGGGUCGGCUUACCGGGUUGUCUCGGGGGAACCAUAGUAAUUUGGGGUUUAGGGCAUUCUUCUGUUCCGAUUCGAGUGAUGGGUCGACGCCUGAGGCUGUAGUUGAGGUCGAGGUCAGGGCAGAGGAGUCCGAGUCAGACGGUUCCGACUCCAAGUCCUCGUCGGCUAUCGUGUCCACUCACCCCAGACCAGAAGAUUAUUUAACGGUUUUGGCCUUACCAUUGCCUCAUAGACCUCUUUUCCCAGGUUUCUACAUGCCAAUUUAUGUGAAGGAUCCUAAAUUACUAGCAGCUUUACAAGAAAACCGAAAACGACAAGCUCCCUAUGCCGGUGCUUUCCUUGUUAAAGAUGAGCCAGGGGCUGAUUCCAGCCCAGGUUCUGAAAUGGAAAAAAGUGUAUAUGAUCUUAGAGGAAAGGAUUUAUUUAACCGUCUUCAUGAAGUUGGCACACUUGCUCAGAUUUCAAGUAUUCAGGGGGACCAGGUUGUACUUAUUGGUCACCGGAGACUACGAAUAACAGAGAUGGUCAGCGAGGAACCCCUUACUGUCAAAGUUGAUCAUCUCAAGGAAAAACCUUAUAAUAAGGAUGAUGAUGUUAUCAAGGCUACAUCAUUUGAGGUUAUAUCAACCCUAAGAGAUGUUCUGAAAACAAGCUCCCUUUGGAGGGAUCAUGUUCAGACAUAUAGUCAGCAUAUUGGUGAUUUUAAUUUUCCAAGGUUAGCAGAUUUUGGAGCUGCAAUAUCUGGUGCAAAUAAAUUACAGUGCCAGAAAGUUCUUGAAGAGCUGGAUGUGCAUAAGCGUUUACAACUCACUUUGGAAUUAGUGAAAAAAGAAGUGGAAAUUAGCAAGAUUCAGGAAUCAAUUGCCAAAGCAAUUGAAGAAAAGAUCAGUGGUGAACAACGCCGAUACCUAUUGAAUGAGCAACUUAAGGCCAUAAAGAAGGAACUUGGAUUGGAAACAGAUGACAAAACUGCUCUUUCUGGAAAAAUCAUUUGUCUCUCUGGUCCACCUGGAGUGGGUAAAACUAGCAUUGGCCGUUCUAUUGCACGAGCUUUGAACCGUAAGUUCUUCCGGUUUUCUGUUGGUGGAUUAUCAGAUGUUGCAGAAAUCAAGGGGCAUCGUCGAACCUACAUUGGUGCUAUGCCAGGAAAGAUGGUGCAGUGCUUGAAAAAUGUGGGCACAGCUAAUCCACUAGUUCUGAUUGAUGAGAUUGACAAGUUGGGAAGGGGACAUGCUGGUGAUCCAGCCAGUGCAUUGUUAGAGCUACUUGAUCCUGAGCAAAAUGCUAAUUUUUUGGACCACUAUCUUGAUGUUCCAAUUGACCUCUCAAAGGUUCUGUUUGUUUGCACGGCCAAUGUAGUGGAAAAUAUACCAAAUCCUCUUUUGGACAGAAUGGAGGUUAUUGCUAUUGCUGGGUAUAUAACUGAUGAGAAAAUGCAUAUUGCAAGAGACUAUCUGGAAAAAACUUCACGUGAAGCAUGUGGCAUCAAGCUGGAACAGGUUGAGGUAACUGAUGCUGCUCUUCUUGCCCUAAUAGAAAAUUACUGUCGAGAAGCAGGUGUUCGUAAUCUUCAGAAGCACAUAGAAAAAAUUUAUCGCAAGAUUGCUCUCAAACUGGUGCGACAAGGAGCAUCAAGUGAACCUGCAGUUGCUGGAGAGGAUGUCCAACCUGCUGAAGUAAUUGCAGAAGUUGUUGAUGAUGGUCAACAGGUUGGAAAUGAGACCAGUGUAGUUGUAGAAUCAGUAGGUAGCAGCAGUGAUGAACAGACUGCUGAAACCCAUGUUCAAACUGAUACAGUUCUGACUGAUGACCAGCCGAAGGACAUAAAGGAAAGCGAAGCAACCAAGACAAUGGAGAAGGUGCUGGUAGAUUCAUCAAACCUAACUGAUUUUGUUGGGAAACCAGUUUUUCAUGCAGAGCGCAUUUAUGAUAAUACUCCAGUUGGAGUUGUGAUGGGUCUUGCUUGGACUGCCAUGGGCGGAUCCACCUUGUACAUUGAAACGACUCUAGUUGAGCAAGGAGAAGGAAAAGGGGCUCUUCAUCUUACUGGUCAACUUGGAGAUGUCAUGAAAGAAAGUGCACAGAUUGCUCAUACAGUUUCAAGGGGAAUCCUGCUUGAGAAAGAUCCAGGGAGUCCCUUCUUUGCCAAUUCAAAGCUUCAUCUCCAUGUUCCUGCAGGAGCAACCCCAAAAGAUGGGCCAAGUGCUGGCUGCACCAUGAUCACCUCUAUGCUAUCACUUGCAAUGAAAAAGCCAGUCAGAAAGGACUUGGCAAUGACUGGGGAGGUGACUCUUACAGCAAGAAUUCUCCCAAUUGGCGGGGUUAAAGAGAAGACUAUUGCGGCGAGGAGGAGUGGUGUGAAGACGGUCAUAUUUCCGGGAGCUAAUAAGAGGGAUUUUGAUGAACUUGCAGACAACGUCAAAGAAGGCUUGGAUGUUCACUUUGUAGACGAUUAUAGUGAGAUAUUCAAGUUGGCCUUUGAUUUUGACAAUGAUACAAGAAAUUAGGUCCUUUGGCUACGGCUGCCCAACCCCAACCAUGGUUUUCUGGGUCAUGAUGUGACCUUAAAUUUUUUUCUUUCAUUGUUGGGAUGUACAAGUUGAGCUCAAAUAUUUUUGUGCGUGGUUAUUUUAGAUGACAUAAAACCCAUACAAGAGAAGUGUAUUAAGAAAAAAAAAUUUUAAAA